UCUGGAAACCUCCAGAUGUUCCUUGUUCAUGUCUUUACUGGCUCAGAACUGUUUUGGCACCAUAAGGGAGACGAGGUCCAUGCAAGGCAUAUGAAGCGGAGCUCUGCCGCCACCUUGCGGUCACAGGCCAUCACUGACUGUUUCCUGAAACUGAAGAUGGCGACGGGAGUCCUUCAGAGAGUCCGUGGAGGAUUUACCCCGGCUAAAAGCAGGGCUCUGUCAGCCGGAAACCUUUCGCUUUGGGCCAGAGGGUUUUCAACAUCCAGCAGAAACAAGGAGGACAGCUGGUUCAAGUCUCUGUUCGUCAGGAAGGUUGAUCCCAGAAAAGAUGCACACUCCACCCUACUGACCAAAAAUGAGGAAAGCAACCUCUACAAAAUUCAGUUCCAUAAUGUGAAGCCAGAGUGCCUGGAUGCUUACAAUAAAUUAUGCGAGGAUGUUUUGCCCUCCAUCCAUGCUGAUAAGUACUACCCCUGUGAGCUGGUGGGAACCUGGAAUACUUGGUAUGGAGAACAAGACCAGGCUGUUCAUCUGUGGCGUUACAGAGGUGGAUACCCCGCUCUGACUGAGGUCAUGAACAAGCUCAGGCAGAAUAAGGAGUUCACGGCAUACAGGAAGGAACGCGGGAAGAUGCUGCUAUCGCGCAGGAAUCAGCUCCUGCUGGAGUUCAGCUUCUGGAAUGAGCCUGUUCCCCGAGAAGGCCCCAACAUCUACGAGCUCAGGUCUUACCAGCUCAGGCCAGGAACCAUGAUCGAAUGGGGUAAUUACUGGGCUAGAGCGAUUCGAUACCGCCAGCGUAACAGAGAAGCUGUGGGAGGGUUUUUCUCCCAGAUUGGGGACCUCUACAUGGUCCAUCACCUUUGGGCUUACAAAGACCUUCAGUCUCGGGAAGACACGAGGAACGCCGUCUGGCAACAGGAUGGCUGGCAUGAAGUGGUUUAUUACACUGUUCCUCUUAUUCAGCACAUGGAUUCUAGGAUCAUGAUCCCAACAAAAGCUUCUCCGCUGCAGUAAAGGAAGCCGUUUGUUCAUUAUCACCCAUUCUGUGAAUCUCUAUUAUUGGUCCAAACUUCUGUCAGUGGUACCAAACAACAGCCGGGUUUUUGUUUUGAUAUUUAUUUCAUAAAACUUCAGGAAUUCAUUCCUAAACUUCCAAAUUAAAUCAUAAUGGAUUUAGAAAGUAUCAAGGUCACACAGCUGACCUAUUUUAGGGAAUGAAAGGAACCAAAUUGAAACCUCCUGUUAGUCAUGUGCGACAUCUCGUGCCACAUUGAAAGCAGUUUAGAGAAAAACUUGUUUAUGGUUUUGGAAGCAACAAAAAUUACUUGAAAAAGUGUAAGAGUGGAAAAAAUAAAGAUGAUACUAGUGUUUAAAUUCACUGCUCAGUGCAGCUGCCAUUUAUUUAUUUAAAUGUUGAUACAUGGUGUUUAAAUGUGUUGAUAAAAGUGACUCUGAUGUAAGCUGUCAUCGCUGAUUGAAACAUGGGAUUUCUAUCAUUUAAAAAACAUACUUCACUGACCUAUCCAGAUAUCAGAAUUUUAUAUUUGCUGUCUGUUACAAACACUCCAGGUUUUGUUGUUCUGUGCUUUUUUUUUUCUUAUAUUGUUGGCUUUUCCUGGUGCCGUUUUCGUAACUUUUCUUUUCCUGCGGAGACGGCAUGCCGGGUUUUAAAAUCCGUUUUUAAUCAAACAUCUAAAGGUGAUUUAAAAAAAAAAA